GAGAUCUACACAGAGCUCUACAUCACAGAGGGAGGGACUGCAGAGGUCAAUGAUGAACAUGAGGUCAGACAGAUUGAAACAGCAUCCACGAAACCACACAGAGCAGAAACAAGCAUCAGACAAGAAGACCUCUUUAAAGCCUCACCUGGAAGACAUGGACCAAUCAGAAGAGUGAUGACAAAGGGAGUGGCUGGCAUUGGGAAAACAGUCUUAACACAGAAGUUCACUCUGGACUGGGCUGAAGGCAAAGCCAACCAGGACAUCCACUUCAUAUUUCCAUUAACUUUCAGAGAGCUGAAUGUGGUGAAAGAGAGAAAGUUCAGCUUGGUGGAACUUGUUCAUCACUUCUUCACUGAAACCAAAGAAGCAGGAAUCUGCAGCUUUGAAGACUUCCAGGUUGUGUUCAUCUUUGACGGUCUGGAUGAGUGUCGACUUCCUCUGGACUUCCACAAGACUGAGAUCCUGACUGAUGUUACAGAGUCCACCUCAGUAAAUGUGCUGCUGACAAACCUCAUCAGGGGGAAACUGCUUCCCUCUGCUCGCCUCUGGAUAACCACACGACCUGCAGCAGCCAAUCAGAUCCCUCCUGAGUGUGUUGACAUGGUGACAGAGGUCAGAGGGUUCACUGACCCCCAGAAGGAGGAGUACUUCAGGAAGAGGUUCAGAGAUGAGGAGCAGGCCAGCAGCAUCAUCUCCCACAUCAAGACAUCACGAAGCCUCCACAUCAUGUGUCACAUCCCAGUCUUCUGCUGGAUCACUGCUACAGUUCUGGAGGAUGUGUUGGAAACCAGCGAGGGAGGAGAGCUGCCCAAGACCCUGACUGAGAUGUACAUCCACUUCCUGGUGGUUCAGGCCAAAGUCAAGAAGGUCAAGUAUGAUGGAGGAGCUGAGACAGAUCCACACUGGAGUCCAGAGAGCAGGAAGAUGAUUGAGUCUCUGGGAAAACUGGCUUUUGAUCAGCUGCAGAAAGGAAACCUGAUAUUCUAUGAAUCAGACCUGAGAGAGUGUGGCAUCAAUAUCAGAGCAGCCUCAGUGUACUCAGGAGUGUUCACACAGAUCUUUAAAGAGGAGAGAGGCCUGUACCAGGACAAGGUGUUCUGCUUCGUCCAUCUGAGCGUUCAGGAGUUUCUGGCUGCUUUUCAUGUCCAUCUGACCUUCAUCAACUCUGGUGUUAACCGGACGGAACUACAAAAAAUUACAUCUCUGUCAUGUACAAACAGACCUGAACUAACACAUCUCCACCAGAGUGCUGUGGACAAAGCCUUACAGAGUCCAAAUGGACACCUGGACUUGUUCCUCCGCUUCCUCCUGGGUCUUUCACUGCAGACCAAUCAGACUCUUCUACGAGGCCUGCUGACACAGACAGGAAGUAGCUCACAGACCAGUCAGGAAACAGUCCAGUACAUCAAGGAGAAGAUCAGUGAGAAUGUGUCUGCAGAGAGAAGCAUCAAUCUGUUCCACUGUCUGAAUGAACUGAAUGAUGGUUCUCUAGUGGAGGAGAUCCAACAGUCCCUGAGAUCAGGACGUCUCUCCACAGAUAAACUGUCUCCUGCUCAGUGGUCAGCUCUGGGCUUCAUCUUACUGUCAUCAGGAGCAGAUCUGGAUGAGUUUGACCUGAAGAAAUACUCUGCUUCAGAGGAGGCUCUUCUGAGGCUGCUGCCAGUGGUCAAAGACUCCAACAAAGCUCUACUGAGUGACUGUAACCUGUCAGAGAGAAGCUGUGAAGCUCUGUCUUCAGUUCUCAGCUCCCAGUCCUCUAAUCUGAAACAUCUGGACCUGAGUAGAAACAACCUGGAUGAUUCAGGAGUGAAGCAUCUGUCUGCUGGACUGGAGAGUCCAAACUGUAAACUGGAGACUCUGAGGUUGAUGAGCUGCAGUUUGUCAGAGAUCAGCUGUGAUUCUCUUGGACCAGCUCUGAAGUCCAACCCCUCCCAUCUGAAACAUCUGGAACUGAGUAACAACAACCUGAAGGAUUCAGGAGUGAAGGAUUCUCUGGGACCAGCUCUGAAGUCCAACCCCUCCCAUCUGAAGCAUCUGGACCUGAGUAACAACAACCUGAAGGAUUCAGGAGUGAAGCUGCUGUGUGGUUUUCUGGAGAGUCCAGACUGUAGACUGGAGACUCUGAGGUUGAUGAGCUGCAGUUUGUCAGAGAUCAGCUGUGAUUCUCUUGGACCAGCUCUGAAGUCCAACCCCUCCCAUCUGAAACAUCUGGAACUGAGUAACAACAACCUGAAGGAUUCAGGAGUGAAGCAGCUGUGUGGUUUUCUGGAGAGUCCAGACUGUAGACUGGAG